AUUUCAAAUUAUUGGCGCUAAAAAGGUGAAGAUAGGAAAGAGGGAAAUUCGAAAACGGGACAUUCCAAAAUGAGCAACGAACGUCCUCCGAUUAGGGUUUUCGGCCAGCGCUCAAUUUCAUCGUCUUUUCUCUCCCGUUCUUCAAAUCCUUUCAAGAGUUCGAACGAUGAUUCGCAAAGCAAAUUGUCGAAGAAGAAUGCGCAACUGUCGCUCUCAGACUUCCUCGCUCGGAAACUGCCGGAGACUUCCGUUCCGCAGAGGACGGUGAAGGGGAAGUCCACGCCCUUCUCCUCGUUGCAGGGUCCAAGGAAUUCGAAUAAUGCACCUAUUGCUAUUGACUGUGGGACGGAUUCCCAGACCGAAUCGGCUAUUUCAAAGGUGCUUUUCGAACAGUUCAAGCGUUCUGAACCAAACCAAUGUGAAUGUUUAGUUCCAGGCAGUGCAAGUGAAAGAGAUAUUUUCAAUACUGAUGGUAUAUUAGACUCGAGAAAAAGAAAGAAAUCAAAUGAAGGGAUUAUUUCUACCACCCCAUGUGAGAGCCAAACGAGGAAGAUGAAUGUGGUAGUUAUAGGAGGCGACCCAAAACCCGACCAAAAAGGGACAGAGCCGAUUCCUAUUGCUAGAAACAAAAAGCCUAAACCCCUCUACAAUCACUAUGCAAGUGGCUCCGGCUGGUGGGACAGCAACAUGGAGGGUGUUGAUAGUGAAGAGGUUGGCCUUGGUGAAGUAUGGGAAGGAGUUGGGUCCACGACACUUGGAGGAAUAGAGUGGCAUUGACUCUUUUGGGGGCUUCAUUCUCUUCCCAUUGGAAACACUGUAAAUAUUCACUUUCUGUUUGAAUAUCUUUUUCAAGUUCUUUUUGAAAAAAAAGCCAUGUUUCUGCUAGUUAUUGACCUUUUAUAUUAAACUCUAUGUCUACGUUUGGGUUGAGGGAAGUGGGAUGAGGAUAGAAGUAGAAAUGGAAACACAUCUCUAUACAAUUUUUGAAGCUUUAGAUGUGAGGAUAAACGAUUUCCAUGCAUCAUUUACAUCAAAAGAUGGUACUCAUCUAAGUGAAGAUGUAUUCCCUCUAUUAUGUGAUUGUGCAGUACCAUGAUAAAAGAUUGUUUGAGGAUGGAAUUUCGUAUAAAAAAUUAGUUUAGAACUAUUUUAUA